AUGGAGGAAAGAGAAGCUAGACUCAAGAAAGAAUGGGCUUUUGAGAUACUGGACGAGUCUGUGCCCAACCAAAAGGAAAUCUGCUUCGUUUCCUGUGCCUAUGGACACGAUGUCAAGAAGCUGGAUCGACUGAUCAAGCUCAUCAACAAGAGUCCCCACGUCAAAUUCUAUCUCUACACAAAUCUGAAUGAUGAGCAAUGGAAGACUCCUGGUUGGAAGAAAGUUAUUACCAACUUCACCUAUCGACGACGCAUCACACACUCUAGAUAUGGAAAGUUCCUUGGUUGGAAGAACGAAGAAAUGCAGAAGAAUUGUGAUGCAAUAUUUUAUGUGGACUCUUCUAUUCGACCACGGUUGGACCUGCAAACACUGAAUGAUAUUGCUGUCUCACUGCAUAAUACGACAUAUGGAUUCUAUCAACACGUUCACAAGAGAAGCAAGUCGGGCAUCAUUCGGGAGUUUGGAGUCAUCCGACAGUUCAAGAAGGACAUUGAUGAGAAUAUUAACGCUUCGAUAGCCUGGAUGGAAACACAACCCGAUUAUGACCCAAGGUCGCCUCUCUUUCUGAAUCAAUGUAUGGCAUAUCUUCCAGGGUCCAAGACGUUUCAGAAAGUGAGUACAGCCUUCUGGGAGCGAUAUUCUCAGGAGCUGGACUCAUGGCGAGAUCAACCUCUAUGGGCGUUUAUGCUGCAUCGGUACAAUAUUACACCAGAUAUAUUUGCCCAGAACCACACUGAGCUCUGGGAAGUACCUCAUCCAAAGAAGUUUGGGCACAAUAAGCAUAUGUAUUUUUCGGAGGACGAUGUGCGGAUGUUUGACAAGCCAGCAGUCCCAAUAAUGCAAAAGAAGGUGGAAUCAUCCGAUAGUUCAGAUGAGGAUGAUAGUUCGGAUGAAGACGGCGACGCAAGCCUACAGGAAGCAAAGACUGAUCCACUGGUCACCGGAUACAUUAAUCACACCAGGAUUAUGGAAGAGAGAGAAGCUAGACUCAAGAAAGAAUGGGCUUUUGAGAUACUGGACGAGUCUGUGCCCAACCAAAAGGAAAUCUGCUUCGUUUCCUGUGCCUAUGGACACGAUGUCAAGAAGCUGGAUCGACUGAUCAAGCUCAUCAACAAGAGUCCCCACGUCAAAUUCUAUCUCUACACAAAUCUGAAUGAUGAGCAAUGGAAGACUCCUGGUUGGAAGAAAGUUAUUACCAACUUCACCUAUCGACGACGCAUCACACACUCUAGAUAUGGAAAGUUCCUUGGUUGGAAGAACGAAGAAAUGCAGAAGAAUUGUGAUGCAAUAUUUUAUGUGGACUCUUCUAUUCGACCACGGUUGGACCUGCAAACACUGAAUGAUAUUGCUGUCUCACUGCAUAAUACGACAUAUGGAUUCUAUCAACACGUUCACAAGAGAAGCAAGUCGGGCAUCAUUCGGGAGUUUGGAGUCAUCCGACAGUUCAAGAAGGACAUUGAUGAGAAUAUUAACGCUUCGAUAGCCUGGAUGGAAACACAACCCGAUUAUGACCCAAGGUCGCCUCUCUUUCUGAAUCAAUGUAUGGCAUAUCUUCCAGGGUCCAAGACGUUUCAGAAAGUGAGUACAGCCUUCUGGGAGCGAUAUUCUCAGGAGCUGGACUCAUGGCGAGAUCAACCUCUAUGGGCGUUUAUGCUGCAUCGGUACAAUAUUACACCAGAUAUAUUUGCCCAGAACCACACUGAGCUCUGGGAAGUACCUCAUCCAAAGAAGUUUGGGCACAAUAAGCAUAUGUAUUUUUCCGAAGAAGAUGUUAAAUUCUAA